UAAGCGAAACAAUAACAGUUGGUGGGCUGGUUUGCGCUCAGGUCCAGGUUAAGUCUUUCAGCGCGUUUUUGUUUGUUUGUUUGUUUAUUUUUGCGCAUCAGACUCUCAGUUCUAUGCAUCCUUCAGCGCAGGAGCAUAACGCGCUCCACUUUUAAUCAGAUUAAGAUUAGCCCUGCGUUUCCUUCGUCCCUACAGUAGCGGUGCAGGAGUGGCCAAAGCCAAAAGCAGCGAUUCAGAUCAGAUUUCACCUAAACCAGCUGGGAGAGAGAGAGAGCUGAGGAGAGGAGAGAAGAGAAGAGCAGAGGGUUUGUCAGUCUCCCUCCUCCCAAAUCCAGAAAAGCUUACCAAGGAAAAAAGGAGGAGUGUCUGCGCGCAGAUAGACGCGAGGAAUCCAGAGGAAUUUCCCGAGGAUAUUUGGUCUUCUUUCCUUCCCCCCUCCCUCCCUUCCUCCCCCCUCUGCACGUCAAAUUAAAAAACAACAACAAGAAGAAAAAGUUGGAGGGGAGGCAGCGGGGACCGUGGUCUGGGAUGGACGAGCAGCCGCGGCUGAUGCACUCCCACGGGGUAGGCAUGGCCGGACACCCCGGCCUGGCGCAGCAUAUGCAGGAUGGCACGGCGGGGACGGACGGAGAGGGAAGGAAGCAGGACAUCGGAGACAUAUUGCAACAAAUCAUGACCAUCACAGACCAAAGCUUAGACGAAGCGCAGGCGAGGAAACAUGCACUCAAUUGCCAUCGAAUGAAACCUGCUCUCUUCAAUGUCUUGUGUGAAAUAAAGGAGAAAACAGUGCUCAGUAUCCGCGGCGCCCAGGAGGAGGAGCCUCCAGAUCCACAGCUGAUGCGACUGGACAAUAUGCUUCUGGCAGAGGGCGUGGCCGGACCAGAGAAAGGCGGCGGGUCUGCAGCCGCUGCUGCCGCCGCGGCAGCCACUGGUGGCGUCGGUGCAGACAACUCGGCAGAACACUCCGACUACCGAGCCAAGCUGUCUCAGAUCCGACAAAUCUACCACACAGAGCUGGAGAAGUACGAACAGGCGUGCAAUGAGUUCACCACCCAUGUGAUGAACCUGCUGAGGGAGCAGUCUCGAACACGACCCAUCUCGCCCAAAGAGAUUGAGCGCAUGGUCAGCAUCAUCCACCGCAAAUUCAGCUCCAUCCAGAUGCAGCUGAAGCAGAGCACUUGUGAGGCCGUCAUGAUCCUGCGCUCUCGCUUUCUGGACGCCAGACGAAAGAGGAGAAACUUCAACAAACAGGCCACAGAGAUCCUGAACGAGUACUUUUACUCCCACCUCAGUAACCCCUACCCAAGUGAGGAGGCCAAAGAAGAGCUGGCCAAGAAGUGUGGCAUCACUGUGUCACAGGUAUCAAACUGGUUUGGAAAUAAGAGAAUUCGAUACAAGAAAAACAUCGGCAAGUUCCAAGAAGAGGCCAACAUGUACGCAGCCAGGACCGCCGUCAAUGCAACCAGUGUGUCGGCUCAUGGCAGUCAGGCCAACUCCCCGUCAACCCCCAACUCAGCAGGUUCUGCUGGCUCUUUUAACAUGUCAAACUCCGGAGACUUGUUCAUGAGUGUGCAGUCCCUCAAUGGGGACUCGUACCAAGGGGGGCAAGUUGGGGCCAACAUACAGUCCCAGGUGGAUACCCUUCGCCAUGUUAUCAGCCAGACCGGAGGAUACAGUGACAGCCUUGCAGCCAGCCAGAUGUACAGUCCGCAGGGCAUCAACGUAAGACCUACAAACGGCGGCUGGCAAGAUGCUCCGACUCCUUCAUCAGUGACAUCGCCAACAGAAGGACCCGGGAGCGUCCAUUCAGAUACUUCCAACUGAAAAUCUCCAUCUCUGCAUCUCAUC